AUGGAGGCAGAUGAGAAGGUGGUGGACGGAGGUCUGCUUCCUGAUGCCAACGGAAAAGAUCCAAACCCGAGUGGUCAGACAGAAGGCUCCAAGUGGCAGAAACCGCGGCUCUCACGUAAAUCUCUGAUGAAGUGCUGCCUCGUCAAGUGGAUCAUUGCCAGCACCACGCAGCAGGGGCCAGACAGCAGCGACAGUGACCUUGAACUCUCCAUGGUGCGCCACCAACCUGAGGGACUCGAACAGCUCCAAGCCCAGACCCAGUUCACCAGGAAGGAGCUACAGUCGCUUUACAGAGGCUUCAAAAAUGAAUGUCCCAGUGGACUAGUGGAUGAAGAAACAUUCAAGACCAUUUACUCACAGUUCUUCCCUCAAGGAGAUGCGACCACAUAUGCACAUUUCUUGUUCAACGCAUUUGACAUGGACAGAAAUGGCUCCAUCCGGUUUGAGGACUUUGUGUUAGGAUUGUCUGUGUUGCUUAGAGGCUCAGUUACAGAGAAACUCCGAUGGGCGUUUAAUCUAUACGAUAUCAACAAGGAUGGCUACAUUACUAAAGAGGAAAUGUUGGCAAUAAUGACGUCCAUUUAUGACAUGAUGGGCAGGUAUACCUUACCCAGUGUACGAGAUGACUCCCCCUUUGAGCAUGUGGAGAAAUUCUUCCAGAAAAUGGACCGUAACAGAGAUGGAGUGGUGACUAUAGAUGAAUUCAUAGAAACCUGCCAAAAGGAUGAAAAUAUAAUGGCUUCCAUGCAGCUCUUUGAAAACGUCAUCUAGUUUCCUUAGACGGACGUGGAUCAGUAAUGCUGCAGAGUGCUUCCAGUUACAAGCUUAUGGGCCUGACAUAAUGCCAUCCAUCCUGAAAAGGAAGAACUCAUGCAACCGAUUUGACACAUUUUAAUACAUACGGCCGAACAUUAUUAUUUUUUCAAUCAAACUGUUCUAUGCAGAGACGUGUGGAGAAUUCACCAGAUCACUUGAAGAAAUGUUUCUUUGCAUGACAGUUUUAAUUUCCUUCUUGCACUUGAAGCAAAUGUGAAAAAAAAACUUCAUCAUUGCCAAAUGAGCAUGAGUGUUCAUGAGCAUGAGUGUUCAAAUCAAAGCAUGUGAUCCCAACCACAUUGAACACAAAAAAGGGGGUUUUUGUUGACCACUUUGAAACUUGGGCAUAAGUGGGAUAAUACUUUGUUACUGUACUAUACUGUAAAGAAAAUAUUUAUGUUUCUAAAUUCUUCAGAUUUUUGUGCAAACGUGAUACCCAGGCAUUGCCAUGUUGACCCAAUACCCACUGAAAUAAAUGUCUAUCUUCA